CCCCCUGAGGAGACUAUGCCAUUUGAGCUUGAUGGAGAAGGCUUUGGGGAAGACAGCCCACCCCCGGGGCUUUCCAGAGUCAUCGCACAAGUCGACGGCGGCGGUGGCCAGUUUGCGGCAGUCGCGGUCUCGAGUGCGGUCCGCCUCACUCCCGCCGCGAACGCGCCUCCCCUCUGGGUCCCAGGCACCAUCGGCAGCCCAUCCCGAGAGGCUGUCAGACCUCCUAACUUCACCGGCAGCAGCCCCCCGAUGGAGAUCUCCGGACCUCCGCUUGAGAUUGGCAGCGCCCCCGCUGGGGUCGACGACGCUCCCGUCAACAUGGACAGCCCCCCAAUCGCGCUUGACGGCCCGCCCAUCAAGGUCUCCGGAGCCCCAGAUAAGAGAGAGCGAGCAGAGAGACCCCCAGUUGAGGAGGAAGCAGCCGAGAUGGAAGGAGGCACAGCCACCGACACCAUGGAGGGAGGAAAAGUCCCCUCUCCGGGGGACAGAUCCCCUGCCGCCGGGGCAGCCUCAGCGGAUCCCGCAGCCGGGGCGGCCCCUGCAGCCCCAGCCGAUCCCGACUCCCGGGCAGCCCCAGCCGAUCCCGACUCCGGGACAGCCCCAGCCGGUCCCGACUCCCGGGCAGCCCCAGCCGAUCCCGACUCCAGGGCAGCCCCAGCCGAUCCCGACUCCCGGGCAGCCCCAGCCGAUCCCGACUCUGGGGCAGCCGCUGCCGCCCAAGCCGAUUCCGACUCCGGGGCAGCCCCUGACGCCCCAGCCGAUCCAGAUGCCGGGGCAGCCGCAGCCGCCCCAGCCGAUCCUGACGCCCGGGCAGCCCCUGACGCCCCAGCCGAUCCAGGUGCCAGGGCAGCCCCUGACGCCCCAGCCGAUCCUGACGCCCGGGCAGCCCCUGACGCUCCCGGCGCCCCUGCGGCUGCUGAGACCGGGGCAGCCCCUGUCGCCCCAGCUGCGCCUGACGCAGGGGCCCCAGCUGCCCCAGCCGCUCCUGCCGCCCGGGCAGCCCCAGCAGCCCGGGCAGCCUCUGCAGCCCCUGCCUCCGGGGCCAGACGCAAGCUCCAUCUCCUUAGACCCCCCAGCCCCGAAAUCCAGGCUGCCGAUCCGCCUACUCCACGGCCUACUCGCGCGUCUGCCUGGCGGGGCAAGUCCGAGCGCGGCCGCGGCCGCAGCGUGUACUACGAUGAAGGGGCGGCCAGCAGCGACGAUGACUCCAGCGGAGACGAGUCCGACGAUGGGACCUUCGGAUGCAUCCGCUGGUUUCAGCAUCGGCGAAAUCGCCGCCGCCGAAAGCCCCAGCGCAACUUACUCCGCAACUUCCUCAUGCAAGCCUUCGGGGGCUGCUUCGGUCGAUCUGAGAGUCCCGAGCCCAAAGCUUCACACUCCUCCAAGGUCAAGAAGGUACCCCUGGCGGAGAAGCGCAGACAGAUGCGCAAAGAAGCCCUGGAGAAGCGGGCCCAGAAGCGUGCAGAGAAGAAACGCAGCAAGCUCAUCGACAAGCAACUCCAGGACGAAAAGAUGGGCUACAUGUGUACGCACCGCCUGCUGCUUCUAGGUGCUGGAGAAUCUGGUAAAAGCACCAUUGUGAAGCAGAUGAGGAUCCUGCAUGUUAAUGGGUUUAAUGGAGAGGGCGGCGAAGAGGACCCGCAGGCUGCAAGGAGCAACAGCGAUGGUGAGAAGGCAACCAAAGUGCAGGACAUCAAAAACAACCUGAAAGAGGCGAUCGAAACCAUUGUGGCCGCCAUGAGCAACCUGGUGCCCCCUGUGGAGCUGGCCAACCCUGAGAACCAGUUCAGAGUGGACUACAUUCUGAGUGUGAUGAACGUGCCUGACUUCGACUUCCCUCCCGAAUUCUAUGAGCAUGCCAAGGCUCUGUGGGAGGAUGAAGGAGUGCGUGCCUGCUACGAACGGUCCAACGAGUACCAGCUGAUUGACUGUGCCCAGUACUUCCUGGACAAGAUCGAUGUGAUCAAGCAGGCCGACUAUGUGCCGAGCGACCAGGACCUGCUUCGCUGCCGCGUCCUGACUUCUGGAAUCUUUGAGACCAAGUUCCAGGUGGACAAAGUCAACUUCCACAUGUUUGACGUGGGUGGCCAGCGUGAUGAACGCCGCAAGUGGAUCCAGUGCUUCAAUGAUGUGACUGCCAUCAUCUUCGUGGUGGCCAGCAGCAGCUACAACAUGGUCAUCCGGGAGGACAACCAGACCAACCGCCUGCAGGAGGCUCUGAACCUCUUCAAGAGCAUCUGGAACAACAGAUGGCUGCGUACCAUCUCUGUGAUUCUGUUCCUCAACAAGCAAGAUCUGCUCGCUGAGAAAGUCCUUGCUGGGAAAUCGAAGAUUGAGGACUACUUUCCAGAAUUUGCUCGCUACACUACUCCUGAGGAUGCUACUCCCGAGCCCGGAGAGGACCCACGCGUGACCCGGGCCAAGUACUUCAUUCGAGAUGAGUUUCUGAGGAUCAGCACCGCCAGUGGGGAUGGGCGCCACUACUGCUACCCUCACUUCACCUGCGCUGUGGACACUGAGAACAUCCGCCGUGUGUUUAACGACUGCCGUGACAUCAUCCAGCGCAUGCACCUCCGUCAGUACGAGCUGCUCUAAGAAGGGAACCCCCAAAUUUAAUUAAAGCCUUAAGCACAAUUAAUUAAAAGUGAAACGUAAUUGUACAAGCAGUUAAUCACCCACCAUAGGGCAUGAUUAACAAAGCAACCUUUCCUUUCCCCCGAGUGAUUUUGCGAAACCCCCUUUUCCCUUCAGCUUGCUUAGAUGUUCCAAAUUUAGAAAGCUUAAGGCGGCCUACAGAAAAAGAAAAAGGAAAAAAAAGGCCACAAAAGUUCCCUCUCACUUUCAGUAAAAAUAAAUAACAGCAGCAAACAAACAAACAGAAAUAAAAUGAAAUAAAAGAAACAAAUGAAAUAAAUAUUGUGUUGUGCAGCAUUAAAAAAAUCAAAAUAAAAAUUAAAUGUGAGCAAAGAA